AUGAGCACAAGACCAGAGUUAAAGUUCUCAGAUACAACUGAUGAACGUUCCUUUUAUAGGAAAUUCCAAAACUUACCUGCACAACCAGAACAAACAUUAAGAAUUGUUGAUAAAACUGAUUACUUCAUUGCAGUUUCACAAAAUGCAAAAUUUAUUGCAGAACAAAUAUAUCAUACAAAUUCUGUUUUGAAAAAUAACAAUGGUGUUGAAUACGUUACUAUGUCUCAUGCUGUUAUGUCAAAUUUAUUAUCAAUGGCAUUAUUAGAAAAAGGUUACAAGAUUGAAAUUUAUGAUAAAAAUUGGGAAUUGACUAAAUUUGCAAGUCCUGGGAAUAUAGAAUCUGUUGAGGAUUUAAUGAAUCCAUCAGAAUUAAACCAAUCAGGUGAUGCUCUUGUCCUAGUUUCGUUGAAAAUUGUUAAUAAAAAUGAAGGUAAAUCUAUUGGUUAUUGUUUUAUAAAUUCAAAUAUAAAAGAAAUUGGGAUUUCAGAAUUCUUGGAUAAUGAUUUAUAUUCUAAUUUAGAAAGUUUAUUAAUUCAAAUUGAUGCUAAAGAAGUCUUGAUCCCUACCCCUUCAAAUGAAUUAGAUCCUGAUUAUACCAAAUUAAUUGGUGUUAUUGAUCGUUGUGGUGCCGUUGUUACAGAAAUUCGUUCAAAUGAUUUUAAUAAUAAAGAUAUUGAACAAGAUUUGAUUAGAUUAUUAGGUGAUGAGUUAAUUUUUUCCACUGGUGAUAUAUCAAAUGCUUCACUAGGGUUAAGCUCUGCAUCUGCCAUCUUAAAUUACUUGGGUUUAUUAACUGAUGAUUCCAACUUCGGUUCAUUUAAUUUGAAAAAUCAUACAUUAAAUCAAUUUAUGAAAUUAGAUUCAGCUGCAGUUAAGGCAUUAAACCUUUUCCCAUCUUCUAAAUCAACAAAUGGGUCCAAAAAUUCAAAUGUUUUCGAUUUAUUAAAUCAUUGUAAAAGUAUUGGAGGUACAAGAUUAUUACAUCAAUGGAUAAAACAACCAUUAAUUGAAAUUGAUGAAAUUUUACAACGUCAUCAAUUAGUUGGAUGUCUUGUUGAGGAUACUCAGUUAAGAACUUCAUUACAUGAUGAUUUAAUGAAUUCAAUACCUGAUAUUAGAAAAUUGAAUAAAAAAUUAAAUAAAUCAAUUUAUGCAAAUUUAGAAGAUGUUGUUAGAAUUUAUCAAUUUUUAAUUAAAAUUCCUGAAAUUUUAGAAUUAUUAGAAUCAAAAAUUAAUGAAACUGAAAGUUUAGAAUUAAAAGGAUUAAUUGAAUUACAUUGGGUUUCACCUUUGAAGGAAUUAAUGAAUCCUUUAUUAAAAUUACAAGAAUUAGUAGAAACCACAGUGGAUUUAGAAAAUUUAGAUCGUCAUGAAUUUGUUAUAAAACCAGAUUAUGAUGAAAUUUUAUUAAAAUAUCGUGAAAGAUUAGAUGAAAUUGAAUCAACUAUAAGAUCAAUCCAUGCAGAUGUUGCUGAUGAAUUAGGUCUUGAUCCUGAAAAAAAAUUAAAAUUAGAAUUACAUCAAAAUCAUGGUUGGUGUAUGAGAUUAACACGUACAGAAGAACGUUCAAUCCGUGGGAAAUCAAAAUUUAUUGAAUUACAAACCGUUAAAGCUGGUGUUUUCUUCACCACUGAAGAGAUGAAAGAUAUUUCAUUGGAAAGUUCUGAAAUUCAAGCAAAAUAUAAUAAGCAACAACGUUCAUUAGUUAAAGAAAUCAUUUCAAUCACAGCAACUUAUUCUCCAGUUUUAGAAAAAUUAUCAUUAAUCCUUUCACAUUUAGAUGUUUUAACUUCAUUUGCACAUGUUUCUUCAUAUGCACCUGUUCCAUAUAUUAAACCAAAAAUGUAUCCAUUAAAUUCUACAGAGGGGAAAACUAUAGUUAAAGAAGCAAGACAUCCAUGUGUUGAGAUGCAAGAUGGUGUUACAUUUAUUGCAAAUGAUGUUGAAUUAGUUAAAAAUGAAACUGAAUUCUUAAUAAUUACAGGUCCAAAUAUGGGUGGUAAAUCAACUUAUAUUCGUCAAAUUGGUACAAUUUCAUUAAUAGCACAAAUUGGAUGUUUUGUCCCUGCAACUGAAGCUGAAUUAUGUGUUUUCGAUGCUAUAUUGGCAAGAGUUGGUGCAGGAGAUUCUCAAUUGAAAGGUGUAUCAACAUUUAUGAUGGAAAUGCUUGAAACUGCAUCAAUUUUACAAACUGCAAGUUCGAAUUCUUUAAUUAUCAUUGAUGAAUUAGGUAGAGGUACAAGUACUUAUGAUGGGUUUGGAUUAGCUUGGGCUAUAUCUGAAUUUAUUGCAACGAAAUUAAAUUGUUUUACAAUAUUUGCAACACAUUUCCAUGAAUUAACAAAAUUAUCUGAUAAAUUAAAUAAAGUUAAAAAUUUACAUGUUGUUGCUCAUGUUGAAUCUAAUUCAAAUACUUCAUCUGAUAUUACGUUAUUAUAUAAAGUUGAACCUGGUAUUUCUGAUCAAAGUUUUGGUAUUCAUGUUGCAGAAGUUGUUAAAUUCCCUGGAAAAAUUGUAUCAAUGGCUAAGAGGAAAGCUGCUGAAUUAGAAGAAUAUAAUGAUAAUAAACAAGAUCCUUAUGUUGAGGAUAAAAGAACUAAAUGUUCAUCAGAUGAAAUUUCUCAAGGUUCAGAAUUAUUGAAAAAAAUUCUUAAAGAAUGGAGAAAUUCAAUUGAUUUUGAAAAAAUCUCAAGUGAAGAUGCUGUUAAUAAAUUAAAAGAAUUAGUUAAUGAUCAAUAUAAAGAUCAAGUUGAAAAUUCUAAAUAUAUCCAAGAGGUUUUAGAAUUAUGA